CAUGGCGUCAGUAGAACACGUUGUAGCUGACGCCGGAGCUUUCUUAAGAGACGCUCCUUUGCAGGACUUCGGGAAGAACAUCUACACCAUCCGGGAGGUGGUCAGCGAGAUUCGAGACAAGGCCACGCGCCGGCGACUCGCGGUGCUGCCCUACGAGCUGCGGUUCAAGGAGCCCCUCCCGGAGUACGUGAGGCUCGUAACUGAGUUUUCAAAGAAAACUGGAGACUACCCCAGCCUCUCUGCCACAGAUCUCCAAGUGCUGGCACUCACUUACCAACUGGAAGCAGAGUUUGUUGGGGUGUCCCACCUAAAACAAGAACCAGAAAAGGUUAAAGUAAGUUCCUCAAGUCAGCAUCCAGAAACUCCUCUGCACAUUGCUGGCUUCCAUCUGCCCUCCAAGCCUAAACUCCCAGAAGAAAAGUUAGAUCAUGGACAGCCAGCCAACAGGCCUGAGGAUCUAGAGUUCAGUUCAUUCAUGUUCUGGAGGAGCCCUCUGCCUAAUAUUGAUUGGGAACUACAGGAGCUGUUGAUUGACAGAGGAGAGGAGAGAGAGGAGGAGGAGAAAGAUGGGGUUGAAGACAAGAAAGAAGAUAGUGAUGAUGACGGGGGUGGAUGGAUAACCCCCAGCAACAUCAAGCAGAUCCAGCAGGAACUGGAGCAGUGCGAUGUUCCAAAGGACGUGCGAGUCGGUUGUGUGACUACAGACUUCGCCAUGCAGAAUGUUCUGCUGCAGAUGGGGCUGCGCGUGCUGGCGGUGAACGGCACGCUGAUCCGUGAGGCCCGGAGCUACAUCUUGCGCUGCCACGGCUGUUUCAAGACAACAUCAGAUAUGAACCGAGUGUUCUGUGCACAUUGUGGGAACAAGACCCUGAAGAAGGUGUCUGUGACUGUCAGCGAUGAUGGCACCCUGCAUAUGCAUUUCUCCCGCAACCCCAAGGUGCUGAACCCUCGAGGCCUCCGUUACUCACUACCCACUCCCAAAGGAGGCAAGUAUGCCAUCAACCCCCAUCUGACUGAGGAUCAGCGCUUCCCUCAACUGCGACUCUCCCGAAAGGCCAGGCAAAAGACCAAUGUGUUUGCCCCUGACUACAUAGCUGGAGUAUCUCCUUUUGCAGAGAACGACAUUUCCAGCCGCUCAGCCACCCUGCAGGUCCGAGACAGCACAUUAGGAGCUGGGAGAAGACGUUUAAAUCCCAAUGCUUCCAGAAAGAAGUUUGUGAAGAAAAGGUGAAGUGCAAGCCCCUGCAGGCAAAGUGGCCUGCAUGCAGUUGCAAGGAUGCUGCUGUCUCAUCCUACAGCUUUGCUGUCUGCAGAGCAUCUGAUGGGAACUUCACAGCGCUGCUCAUGACUUGCUGUGUUAUGUUGGAUUUUGGUGAAACUGGGCCAUCCCUUGGCCUGUGAACAUCCACAGAGCCAGGACUACCACUGUGUGAGGGGAUUUGAUGAAACAACAGUGCACAGAGCAGAUUUUAAACCUUCAAGGAAAGGAAUUCCCAAAUGGUAAUAUUUUCCUAAUAAAUGUGCUUGCCAGCUCCUGUGUGUUUUAAGAAGAUCAAGUUCUUGCACCUUGGAAUCAUGAAGACUAACAGUUAAGCUGUGCACCUGAGGAACAAGUGCUAGGUUUGUCUUUUUUGCCAGAAAUGAUAAAUAUUUCACAAUAAAACUAAGAGCUAUUAUUUUGUUUUUUUUAUGGUACUGGGGUUUCAGUCAGGGCUUUGCAUAGCUAGGCAGGCAGCAUCCCCAGCCUUUAACCUCUUAAAAAAAAAAAAUCAGUCACUCAGGGAAGCUCUGUAUAGAGAACUCACGUUUUUGUCUCAUUGCUUUCUGUUUCUACACACUCAUUCACACACACACAUACAUAAAG